GGGAGGGAGGGAAGGAGAGGAGUGGCGAUGUUGCAGGGGCUGCUCCGGCUCCUAACCUUGGCGCAGAGGCUGGGGGGAGGCGCGGAGCUGCACAGGUUGACAGUCAGCAGCAGGAAGUUCAGCGCAGGCAUGGAGGAGGAGGCGAAGCGGAAGGCUGGCUACAUGGCCGUGGAUAACCAUGUGCAGAAUAACCAAGCUUUGGGUAUCGGGAGUGGAUCGACAGUAGUCUACGCAGUGGAGAGAUUAGCUAAGCGGGUUCAAGCUGAGAAUCUGAAAGUUGUGUGUGUACCUUCCUCCUUCCAGGCUCGCCAACUGAUCCUCCAGCACAAUCUACAUCUCAGUGACCUGGACAGACACCCUGAGCUUGAUGUCGCCAUUGAUGGUGCAGACGAGGUGGACUGUAACCUCAACCUCAUCAAAGGUGGAGGAGGCUGCUUGACUCAAGAGAAGAUUAUUGCCGCCUGUGCAAAGACGUUUAUUGUCAUUGCUGACUAUAGGAAGGAUUCCAAAAGCCUGGGUGAGAAAUGGAAGAAAGGUGUUCCAAUUGAAGUCAUUCCGAUGGCUUGUGUUCCAGUGACCAGGGCCAUCGUCGCUAAGUACGGAGGAAAUGCCGCGCUGCGAAUGGCAGUCAGCAAAGCUGGACCAGUGGUGACGGAUAACGGGAACUUGAUCCUGGACUGGAAGUUCUCUAAUAUUUCCAAUUGGAAAGAUGUCAAUGUGGGCAUUAAAAUGAUCCCAGGAGUGGUGGAGACAGGUCUAUUCAUCAACAUGGUAGAGAGAGUUUACUUUGGGAUGAAGGAUGGCACCGUCUUCUCCCGGGACAGACCGUCACACUGAACAAGGGAGCACGAAGAACAAUGACUUCCCUCCACUGUGAAGAUCACUUUGCCUUAAACUUUCUGAUUUCAAUCCUCAUUGACUUUAUCUGCCAAAUAUUUUAUUUUUGAAGGUUCUUUUGUUUUUAUUAUGCAGCCUCUUAUAUAUCUUCAGCCCUUGCUGCAAUAGCUGUUUACAGCUGCCUUACUCUGAGUUAUUCUGCCCAGGUGGGGACCCCGCAGAUUCCUGCCUCAGCUCCCAUGCUGUCGAUUGGCCUACACGACCCAAGAAUGAUUGUAGGUCAUCUCUCUGAGUUUGUCAUGUGAAGAUUACAGCACAGGCAGAGAUGUACCCGACCCCUCCCCCACAGCAGGCAGGCGCCCUUGACAAUCCUUCCAACAUACCAACCGUCCUUAUGAACAUUGAACUCUCCAAAGUGCCGGAGUAACUCAACGGGUCAAGCAGCAUCUCUGGAAAACAAGGCUGGGUGACGUUUCAGGUCAAGACCCAAGACGGUUGCAGAGCAGUAGAGUUGCCUUAGGGUCCCAGGUUCGAUCCUGACUACGGGUGCUUGUUUGUACAGAGUUUGUACGUUCUUCCCGUGACUGCGUGGGUUUUCUGCGGAAUCUUCGGUUUCCUCCAAUUCUCAAUUUUUCCAACUUUAACCAACAGGGCCUUUGUCGAUCAACAUGCCCCAUCUACACUAGACCCACCUUCCUAUGUUUGGCCCAUAUCCCACUAAAGCUAUCCAAUCCUCGUACUUGUCCAAAAUACAUUUCAACAUUGUGAUGGUAUCUGACUCAUCUACCUCUUCCCAUAUACGUACUGCCCUUUGUAUAUUAAAAAAAGAUUUCCCCUCAGAUUCCCAUUAAAUCAUCUCCCCUCACCUUAAACCUCUGUCCACUGGUUCUUGAUUGUCCUGCUAUGGGCAUCGCCCUUUCCAGCUGAACAACAUAUUUCCUUUAAUAGGGUGACCAAAACUGAACACAAUACUCUAAAUGUAGCCUCACCAAUGUCUUGUAGAAACCACAACAAAACAUCCCCCCACUCCCCCAUUCUCCCCAAAACACCCCCUUUCUUUCCCUCCCAUGCCUCCACCGAGUCAUGGCUGACCUUACCUCCACCUACAUUCUUAAAUAUUUUAUACCAAUCCUCCAGCUCCACAGUUCACAAGUCUAAUCCUUUUGUCUCACACCAUAUGUGUUCAUCUCUAGCCUUUCAAUCCUCUCCCCUCUGCCUGCAUUCACCUAUGAUCUGCCAUGUUUUGUCCUGUUCAUCUAGCUUUCUUCCCCACCCCGGGAAAUCAGUCUGAAAAAGUCCUGACCCAAAACAUCAUCAAUCUAUGCUCUCCAGGGACGCUGCUCUGACCCGCUGAGUUACUCCAGCAUUUCAUGUCGACCCAGUAGACCUUGUUGGCUGCCUUCUGGAGAGGAGGCAAUGAAAUGCACAGAUGGUCUGCUGUAGAGUGUGCUCUUCACUAUACAUAAGUUCUAUGAGCAGAAUUAGGCCAUUAGGCAGAAUUUGGCCGUUUUGCCCAUCAAGUGUACUCCGCCAUUCAGUCAUCGCCAAUCUAUCUCUCCCUCUCCACCCCAUUCACUUGCAUUCUCCCCAUAACCUCUAACACCCAAACUAAUCAAGAAUCUGUCAAUCUCUGCCUUAAUAAUAUUCAUUGACUUGGCUUCCAUAGCUGUCUGUGGCAAUGAAUUCCACAGAUUCACCACCCUCUGACUAAAGAAAUUCCUCAUCUCCUUUCUAAAGGUACAUCCUUUAAUUCUGAGGCUAUGACCUCUGGUCCUAGACUCUUCCACAAGUGGAAUCAUCCUCUCCACAUCCACUCUAUCCAAGCCUUUCACUAUUCGGUAAGUUUCAAUGAGGUCCCAACCACUCAGGCCCAGUGCCUUCAAAUGCUCAUCAUCUGUUAGCCCAAUCAUUCCUGGGAUCAUUCUUGUGCAUCAACACUAUCAUCUGGUCUUGCAAUGCCUGUGGCCCGCUUCAGACCGCAGGUCCGGGUGGAGAUAGAAUGAGGGUGGGAAGUGCCAUGAUUUAAGCCAGGAGCAGGGACUUGAGUGCAGAUCACAGCCUGUGUCCAUUCCACGCUCAGUUUUCCCAGUGAGCUCUCUGUCUGUGUUUGCCAGGUGCUAGUUCGUGAUCACAAAGUGAAGGAUAAAAAACGGUCUCGGUUUAGGGAAGUGUUUCCAGCUGAUGAGACCACCCCCCAGGACUUGAACAUUUCCCUGUAUUCCCAGGACAAACGAGCAUUUCCUACCUCUAGUUCAUUCCUCUCCCCCUCCCCCCUCCCCCCCUACUUUCAGUCUGAAGAAGGCACCUGACCCGAAAAGUCACCCAUCGUUUUUCUCCAGAGAUGCUGCCUGACCCGCUGAGUUACUCCAGCACUCUGUGUCUAUUCCCAGGACAAACACCAGUUCACUAAAGGCAUUAGUGGGACCCUGGCAGAAGGGGGGUAUUUAUUUGUCCGCAACACACGUUGACUACUCUGAACCAUUGAUUGCUGGCUUGUUAUUAUGAGACUGACAUAUUAUUUACGGUUGUUAAUGUCGUUCUCCUGGGCUCAGCCCAACAAUUGCCUUAAAAUGACCAUUCGCCAUGCUCCUGCUCGGUUUGAUGGCAAUGUGUUUAAUGUUUCUGUUGGCUUGUUCAACCUAAAGCUGACUGGUGGUGGGCAAGUGUUUUGGAGCUUCCUGGUUAAUCAAUUCAACACAGAACAAAAUACCUUUUUUUAAAAUGAAGAAAUUGAUAUAAAUACAUUGUUUUGGAGA